AUGGCGGUCACCAUCCUACCAGCCAACUCCCUCACGGAGUCUGUCAAGCUAGCAGUCCGGUCAACAACAACAUGCUCCGAUUCAACCGUGUUGUCCCUCCAAACCCUCCUCCGCGGAUCGUCAAAGGCCCCCUCAAAGCCCGCACGAAGGAAUACAAAGACCUCCAAGGAACCGACACAGCCUGCCAGCCGUACGAGAACCGCCCGAACGACCAAAACAAAAGCAAGCGCUGACGCCGCGCUGCACACCGUUAGCGACCAGGAUGCGGCGGCAUUGACGCUCCAGGAGAAGCUGGUGCUUGCUACAGAGGUGUUUAAUGUCACAUUGAAGACACUGACCGACGCGUCGAAAGUCGCUGCUAUGAAGCGCCAAACACCUAUCUCCGACAAUGCCUCGACCAAGCCCGAAGGAAGGACAAACGCAACGGGUGUUGAUUCGGGUAUCUAUUCGGCUGCAGAGUGUGCGCGUCUCGCUCUAUCGACAUUGCGCACUCUCAAGAAUGAUGUGGGAAGCCAGGAUUUGCCCAACAUGCAACUCGAGCAAGGGGUCUGCGUGUUGGCGGGGAAGUUGAUCUCUCUCGGAUUGAAUGAUAUGGCAUGCAAGGAACUUCGGUCUCUUAAGCGGAGGAUGCAACAAAACCUCGAUUCAAAAGAGACUGGGAAGAAGUUGGCAGAGUCGAAGGAUACGGCAGAUGAGGACAACGGAAAGGAGAGAAUGUCUGAUCUGCUCACCUUCUCGAACAUCGCUCACGCGCAGCCCUUGUACGGACUCUUGGUUCCCUACCACUCGAAUGCGAUGCGCCUUCUUGCCUCGGAAAGGCGAGCCUCGACUAUCCAGAAAAUAUGUCCGCUUUUGCAACUCUCCGACCCAAGCAGCCCUGCUCAAAUUAUUAUCGCCGCCAUGACAUCCGGCGCCCUGCCCAGCGAUAAGGCCGCCCUCCAACUGCAACUGCUGUCGAACACUGUCCUUUCACUAUGCUCUGGGAAAUCUGCCUCGAACGAAGACUCAACAAGCAAAGAAGUCCUUAAGCCAAUCACAGCAUUGACGCUUCAAUUGCUGUCCCUCGAAAUCCGAUCUUUGGGGUGGAAGAUAUCCGGCCAUGUGUGCGACGAGAGCAAAGAGACCUUCGACCCUCUUCUCCGAUACCUUGGCAACUUCUCGCACCGCAGCAAAGGAUCAACAAUGGCCGAGGUCAAGAAGAGGCCCCAGGAUACAAAGGAUUUAAAUUCCGGCGCCAAAAUUAUGACUAUUCUUGGCCAACUUGCUUUGGAUUCUGGCUGCUUUGAGGAGUCUCUGAAGCUUUUUUCACAAGCCAUUACCCCGUUUACAACGUCCCAAAGCCUUUCUCUUGCUACAGUUCGAUGUAAAAUCGCCUCGGUGUAUUUCCAAGCUCUCAAGGGCUCGAGCAAAUAUCUGGAUGGAGCUCUGAAGUCUACUUCUGAAGCUACAGAUGCUUUGGGCUUGCAGUUGAGGGGAAGUUCGGGGGACUUGGACGAGUUACUCGUUGAAGCUGCGAGGUUGAAGAAGCUUGCUCUCGCCUGGUUUGGCGAAGCAAUGACGAAGAAGUUGAAGAGCGACAACGAAAAGAACGAGGUCGCUUCUCAAAUUCGAGAAUAUCUUCAAGCAUUCCUCAGGUUCUUGAGGCGAUACGUUGGACGAUCACUGGCAGAGAAUAGCGAAGAAAAAGAAGUGGAAAUGUUCAAGAACCGCAUUUCCGUGUCAAAAAGCAUCAUCCUGGCCGCCGUGGACUCUGCCAUCGCGGUUGGAAAGCUAUCGAUCGUGUCCCAAAGACCACCUUGGGAGGACAUGCUUCCAAUUUUGACAGAUUGCCAUCGCCUGCUCUCGAGCAUUAAAACUGCCGUUGACGCCGACUCUGAUGCGUCAUUGACAGAAAACAUCGGCUUGGGACUCGUGAAGCUUUCCAACCUUUUCUGGUCCCGCUACAUCAAGGAGAAAGAGGCUGGUCAAGGGCAUCGUGAACUGGUUCCUCUUCUCAAGCAGUCGACCCAGCUUUUGUCGGGAUGUUCGUUGUCUCACAGAACGACCGCUUUUGCGGCACUUAAGUUCGAGCGUACCGCUUAUCUCUACCUUGAUGGUAAUAUGUCUGCCGAUGCCGAGAAAGCCUUCCGACAGUCUAUUUCCGAGUACAUCGAUGCUGGUACCCUGGAACAGGUACUUGAUAGCCAUGCCGCAUGUCUACCUUCACCUAACCAGGACCCCCAAAGUCCCAACUUUAUGCUCAACCGGGUUCUUACCGGCUUGCUCAAGUUAAAGCUGCGCGGGAAGGGAUCGAAAUCUUUAAGCUUCUAUGAUGACAAUGGACUUGAAGCUGAUGCAAGAGGCAUUCUUCUGGAAUGGCAGAUGAGCUUGCUUUUUGAUCUCCAAAAUUACUCCUCGAACGAAGAAGAUUUUCGCUCAAUUUUCAGCACCCUUGUCUUCACCCUUCUCGACAUUUACUCCCCCGAGGCCUACCCUGUCCGCCAUGGCCGCGUAACCCUCUCAAUUCUCCGAUUCUUGCUGGAACAGCCCAGUGCCUUGGACUCGGACAUGACUAAUAAGAUCAUGAUCGAAGGAGCUCAAGAUUUGGACCGAGCGAUUACAGUUAGCCAAGACAAGACCUUGGCCCGAUUCGUCACACACAUCACUAACUCACUGCGUGUCAUCGUUGGCUUCCACGAAGGCAAGUUGGAUGCAGGUGAAUUGGAUGAUAUCCUCGCUUCCUGGACCUCGAUCACUCGUCAAUGUCCUGACUGGGACUCUCUAAAUCUCUACGUUCAUGACACAGACUACUUGGUUCUCCAGCUUAAGGCUCUAGUUGACUAUACGGAGAUUCAUGGGCUUUGGAAAGCGCAGCUUAGUGCCCUGGAGCUGAUUCUGCGCGUGGCAGAACUCCAGAAAUCCGGCGAUCUCUCAGACGCCAUUGUUAUUCUCUCUCGCUUGGUGCUGCAGCAUUGUCAGCUCGGACACUGCCAAAAGGCAGGUAGCCUCCUCUCUCGCGGGGAGCAGUAUCUCGCUCAGCAUAAGGUUUCCUCUUUGGCGACUAUCUCGCUCAAGUUGGCUCGCGUGGAAUAUCUCCUCGAGACUGGGGAAGUCGUCAAAGCCGCAGCAACUCUUUCGGCGGCUAGGGUACUGUACGAGAAGAGCCAGAAGUCGGACGAGCUGGGUAAUUUGUCGGUCCUCGCCAAAAUCUCAUGGGAGCGUCUGGUUGCAGAUGCCGCCUUUGUUCAGUCGCGGCUGUCAACGGCGCAGGGUUCAAUGACACAUGCUUUGUACUUUGCUAAGCUGUCCGUGCGAUUGAACUGCCGGAUAUGGGCGAAGGUUGAGAGACUGGCCCAAAAGAAGCAAGACAAAUCCUUACCUGCAACAGCAAGCUCCGAUGUUGAGGCUGUUGCAGAGGGAAUGGCUAAGCUGGAAUUGUCACAAAAUGGGUCAUCUCCUGAUGUCUCAGCCAGCUACACCCAAGGAGCUCCAUUCUGGCCUCAUCUUGGCUCGCACCAUACUUGCUUGUUGAACCUUGCAACUCUAUCUGCCCACCACGGCCUGUUCCAAGAUGCCAUUUAUUAUGGAGAACAGGCUUUGAAGAUCGACAAGACACUUGAUGCCAACGUCCGUCUCGUGGCUGCUCAGACACAACUGGGCUGCUACCGGACCCUUGGUGGCAAUGUCGUUGAAGGCCAGGAACUUCUCACGGCGGCUUCGCAAUCGUCAAAGCAACUCCCGGCUAGUAUCGAGACAGUUGCUUUGCAGAUGGCUCUUGCUUCGCUUUACAAGGCACAGGGCCAUCAUGAUAAAGCACUUCGAUUGCUUCAGGAGGCUGAUAAAGUGAUUACCUCUAUCGCUGCUUCUGAUUCCGCCAACGUUUCGGAAGCGCCGAACGUUGCUGCCCUUGAGGAGAAGAUGGAGAAGCUGCAGGUGCGGACUUCUCGGCGAACACAAUCGACCACUACAACAACCACGACCCGCCGCACCCGUGCUACGAGCUCAGCAGCUUCGACUGCUCCCACCAAGAGAGCUUCGGCUCCCAAGGCCCCGCGACCUGUGGCUGAAGUUCAAUCCAAGUCCAUCAUGCGUCUCAAGGGUGACGUACUCCGGCAACAGGCGAACUGUCUACGUGCUCUUCGGGACUUCGAUCGUUCCGCCCGCACUUUGACUGAAGCUAGACAAUUUGCCACUGCUCGUGAAAGCAAGGUUUCCCUUGAAAUUGGAGAAAGUGAGCAUCUUCUCGCUGAUGCUAUUCGCAAAUUCGCCAGUCACGCCGUGUACUGCGUUCUUCCCGAAUCAACCAUCUCGCUUCCGUCGCUCAAAUCACCAUCUAAGAAUGCUGAAGAGACAGCCCCGCCACCCGCGAAGCCUUCUACGACUAGAAGAACCAGAGCACCUACUCGGGGAACUCGCGACAAGGCUCAAAAGGCCAGCGAGGAUUAUUCCAUGAUGCUUUCGAAGGCUAGCGAAUGCCUCACGAGCGUCUUUGCUGAUGCUACCGUUCUUGGAUCGACUCUUGAAAGCCAUGCGGCGUCUCGACUCAUGAGCCGGAUUUCGAUGCUUUCCCACGCUACUAGCCCUGGAGGCUCAGCGACACUUGGCCAAUCGCCCGCGAACAUGAACGAAAUCGGUCGUGUCGGCGCAUUUUCGCGAGAGCGUGUUGCUAUUGACUUCGAUCGUAAACUAGUCGACUACGCAGAUCCACUCCUCUGGCCUUCAUCGGCACCAUCAACCAUCGAAAUGGACGAAGAGAUCUGCUCUAACUUUGCUGAGAACUACAUCGACAUCCUACCUGAGAGUUGGAACGUUCUCUCCCUUUCUCUGAACGCAGACCAAACCGAGUUCGUCGUGUCGCGCCUUCAGAAGAACCGCUCUCCCUUCCUUUUGCGACUUCCCCUUCGCAGAGGAAACUCUGAAGAUGACGAAGAAGAGCAGUUUACCUUUGAGGAUGGCAAGGAGGAGAUGCAAGAGCUGGUCCGAUUGGCAAACGAGAGCGCGCACGCCGCCAAGCUCCAAACAGACAAGCAAAUGAAGAAGGACUGGUGGAAAAAUCGCGAAGCGCUCGACCGUCGCAUGGAAGGCCUGUUGCAGAAUGUAGAAAACAUUUGGUUCGGAGGCUUCCGCGGCAUAUUCUCGCCUCUCUCGCGGCAUAGUGCUGCCCUGGCCCGAUUCGCGAACGCCUUCCAAGGUAUCCUCGAUAAGCACCUGCCUUCUCGACAAAAGGGUGGCAAGGCGGCUUCGCCUCGACUUACGCUGCAUCAGAAUGUCGUGGAGUUGUUUAUUGGGCUGAGGGAUUUGGAGGAGCAGGAAGAACCUGAGGAUAUCCUGAUGGAUCUGCUCUACUUUGUGGUCGACAUUCUCCAGUUCCAGGGUGAGCGCAAUGCCUACGAUGAGAUCGACUUUGAUAUGAUGGUUGUCGAUACACUCGAUGCUCUGCGUGGGUAUCACGAGGCUGCAAAGGAAGAACUUGCCUCCCGACCACCAAGUCACACGGUAUUGGUUCUUGAUAAGGCCCUCCAUCUUUUCCCGUGGGAAUCGCUCCCUUGUCUCCAGGGCUUUCCGGUCUGCCGUGUUCCAUCUCUGGAGUGUCUCCGCGAGCGUGUUCUUCAAUUCCGCGACUCUGCCUCCGGUACUAUUCUCGAUCGCUCGUCGGGUGCUUACAUUCUCAAUCCGACCGGCGAUUUGCGCACGACACAGGAGACAUUCGAAAAGGAUCUCUCGAGUCAAAAGUCAUGGACCGGCAUCACGAAGCGCGAGCCGACUGAAGAUGAAUUCCGAACCUCCCUGGAGACCAAAGAUCUCUUCUUGUACUUCGGUCAUGGAAGCGGUGCCCAGUACAUUCGCGGCCGCACGGUGAAGCGACUGACCAAGUGCGCUGUUGCCUUCCUCAUGGGCUGCAGCAGUGGCUCGCUGACCGAGGCGGGCGAGUACGAGCCAUACGGCACCCCGAUGAACUAUCUCCAAGCGGGCAGUCCGGCUCUUGUUGCGACAUUAUGGGAUGUGACAGACAAGGACAUUGACCGAUUCUCGACAUCAGCUUUUGACACGUGGGGCUUGCUGGGGAAGGAGAAGAUGGAUAGAAAGUCUCAUGCUGAAUCGGGCGACAUUGGCUUGGAUACGGCGAUCGCAGGGGCGAGGAGUUCGUGUGUGCUGAAGUAUCUGAAUGGAGCUGCGCCGGUGGUUUAUGGUGUGCCGGUUUUUUUGGAAUGA